UGAGGAUCGAGUUCUAUGAUCCCUGGAUGGCGCCCGUCCCAGGUCCUGGCGUGGAGACGGAGCGCGCACCAGGGCCAAAUCGCCUUGUUCUCCAUCUGUGUGCUUCUGUCUUUGUGCACAGGGCUGGUCGACAUUGGGGACACUUUGCUGUGCCCAGAAAACUUAGGUCCCAACGAGGUCGCGGAGCUGGAGAAUCAAGCCCUGCUGCCCAACCUGCGGCAGAAGUACCUGACCACGCUUGCCAACCCCCGCUGGCUGCUGCAGCCUGUCCCCGGGAGAGGCGGGAAGGACGUCUUCCAGGUGGACAUCCCCGAACACCUGAUCCCCUCUGGGCAGGAGGCCUGAGCAGA